UUUUUUUAUUAUAUAUUAUAAUUAUGAGGUAUUUAAUAUUAAGUCGUGUACCGUUGGGUACUUGGGUUUAUUACGAGCGUCGUAAUUCACUAAAAUAAUAUUUUGCUAAACAAGUCCGAAAUCACGGGUGCUCAUCGGCGUUGUAGUAAUUAUUUUUCGCACGAUUUAGUUUUGUUUAGGAGUUUCAGAGUUAGUGAUAUUAGUGUUUCUACUGUAUUUAUUAAUUUGUUCCCGGACCGACCACCGAAUAGCUAGCUCGUAUUAAUAUAUCUCCCUUGUCGCGGUGUCCACGGCAAAGAUAAAAUUCUCGACUAAUUUAAUGGUGGGAGGUUUUAAAUAUUCUGUAGCGUACAUUAUAUUCUCGUGGGGUAAAACCAACCUCCACACCUCCGGCAUAUUAUUUACCAAUAGAAAUAUUUUUAACAUAAACACUAUUCAUACGUCAUACCUAAUAUUAUACGUAUUAAUUAUUAUUAAGUUUAAUUAUAAUACAGCGUUUAGUAUCUACUUAAUGAUAAAUUACAUUUCCAUUUUUUAGUGAAAACGUUAUUAUUUUAUCAAUAGACAGGUUGACUAGCUUUUCAGACAUGCCCCGAAAGUCUGUGCUUGUCGUUUGUCGGGUAAUUAGUAAAAUGUAUAGUUCUGGGAUUUAAGUUGAACGUAAAACAAUGUUCGUAUCGCUAUUGAUUUUGUAUAAAUAUACUGUAUGGUCUUAACAAAUGAAAAAAUUAUACACGUAAUUAUUGAGAAAAUCAAAACUAAUAAAUAUUAUUUCGAUGGGGCUAAGUCUCGGUAAGACCCUCCUCCAAUGUUCGCUCGACAUAAUAAUAUAGUCCUCGGUGAAUUAAGAUCGUUAUUAUUGCCAUAAACCGUGGUGACAUUGAACGAUAUUAUUCGAGUUUGUAUAAAUUCCGCGGGACGAAAAUACACCAGGCGCGUAUUAAAUUUCCCUACACACAUCGUCGGACGAUAAUAAAGCAAUAAAGCGCGAUCGGCGAGCGACACACAUCGAUCGCGAUAACAAUAUUAUUAUACUAUUAUUCGUCCAGGUUAUACACGAAUAUUGUUAUUUUUCCGAUACUCGUGUGGAUUACAUGUUAUUAAUACAGCUGUAGGUACACGACGCGCGCGCGUAGUCGAUCGUAAUAAGCCGUCACACGACGAUAUUCAAUUAUUGUAUAUUCCGACAGUUUUUGUUUUCCGAUUUACGCUUAGCAUAUAUGGGUCGCGAAUUAUUUAGGUGAACACUCGUAAACGAUUUUCUACACUCUGUAAAUUCGCCGCCGUGUAUUCCACACUAUUAUAUUACUGUUUUUAUUUAUUAAUACAUAAUAUUGUAAUAAUAUCCACGACGAACACAUCGAUGCCCGAGAUUUCAAAUUCUCGUUUCUACACGGUUUCUGGCGGCGGGACCAUGCCGUACUUGCUACCCGCGCACGUAGUCAUGGAGAUGCAGAUAAGCAACGCGUCCGAGUUCCCGUUGUACCACUCGAUGGCGACGGGACCGCACUCGUUCCAGCUUCCCGGCGCCAUACCACCCGUCACCACCAUACCGUCGUACAAGAACACCAUGUUCCCGGACAGGCUGGGCGGCUUCUAUUACGACUCGGCGGGCGUCACGCACGCCAUGCCCGCCGAACGGUGCGACCGGUGCUACGUCGAACUGUCGAUGAUCAGCAGUGGCCACCACUUCGGCAAGAAGCUGUGCGGCAUGUGCGCGGCCAAGGAACAGCAAGUGUCGCCCAAGGUGGAGACCGAAAUCCUGGACUUGGACUCGCAGCAGGUCAUGUCGCAGCAACAGCAACAACAGCAGCAGCAACAACAACAACAACAGCAACAACAGGACACCAAAGCGUUCUUGCAGCACGGCGUCGUCGUGCCGCCCGGUUACGACAGGCCGCCGCAGCCACCCCCACCGCCGCCGCCGGCGGUCGAGUGGCCCGGCUACUUUCAGCCGCAACAGAAUACGCUGUCCGGCGAACACCUGUCACCCGACUACAACAACGUGUCGACCACGACCACCACACCGCCGACGAUGAUGGGCGGGUCACCGCCUUCCGACAUGCAACAACAGCAACAGUACCAGGCCAACUUUGACGGUGGCGGGUACGCGGUCGACUCGAACCAACAGCCCGGCGGAGGCGGAAGCGGAAGCGGCGGCGGCGGGUCCGGGUCCGGGACCAAAGGAAACGGGUCGUGGAAGUCAAACGAGGCCCGGCGCGCCAAAACUUACGAGUGUCCGGCUUGCGACAAGUGGUUCACCAGUUCGGGUCACCUGAAACGGCACUACGGCACGCAGUUGCACAAGAACGCGGUCAAGCAGAGCGGCAAACCAGAUCCCGCGCUUUUGCCCAUGAAACAUCACUAUCACCCGUACCGGGAUCCGGCAUACGUAGCGCAACAGAAGCUCAAGCAGCAGCAGCAGAACGGGUCGUCGUUGCACAAGCAACAGUCGUCCAUGAUGAUGCCAGCCGACUUCCGCCCCGUCACGUCCACGUCAUCGUUCAACACCGAUUCUUUUUUAGAGCUGACUCCCCCAAACCUGACAGCAAGCCUCUCGGACAGUUUGGGGGGAACCCAAUUCCUACCGGCCCGUCGGCCGGUCAGCAACAGCAGCAGCAGCAGCAACAGCAACAACAGCAGUACGGCAGGUUUCACGGACGAGAUGCAAACUUCUUCUUAUCCCAACAACAACAGCAGCAAAUACCGGGCGGACCUAACGGUGGUCCGUACGGCGUCCCUCCACCCGGCCACGUCGUUCCCCGGCCACCGGCAGUCGACGGCGGGUCAACAAGCGCUUUCGGCAUACCUGCACCACCAGAUCACGGAUACCAUCCAGCCAUACACCACCCAGGGUUCUAUGAUCCAAACAACUACCAACACGGAUUUGUACACCACUAUGCCCGACAAUAACGGCCGUGGUGGCCAUGUCUACCAACUCCACCACCACCCCCAACCGAAUCAUCUGGAACAGCCGUACCAUCACGGCAACGCGAUCGCCCGCAAUCAACAUCAACACCAGCUGCCGCCUCUGCCGCCGUCGCACCACCACCAGAGAACCGUCGAAUAUCAACAGCCGUCCACGACGGUGCCGCCGUCCCAGUACCAACAACAGCCGCAGCAAAACCAUCAGCGCCAGUUGCACGUGCUGCAGCAGCGCAACAUCAAACUGGAACCCGUCGAACAGGUCGAAUACAACAGCGUUGACGACACACCGAUGGCCAGCCCGGACUCGAGCAUUGAUCAUCACCAUCAUCACCUUCAACACCACCAACAGAUGCACCACUAUCACCCUCAGUACCAAGGCCUGCUGGUGGUCGCGCCCAUAUCACCGCAAUCGCCGCCACCGGCGGUGCCUUUGCCGCCGCAGCAUCUCGACGAGGACACGAUGGUCAGCGACAGCGGCGGUUCCGUCGACCUGGACACUGGUUCGCCGCCAAACUUUAACGGCAGCUGCGCGGAAUUGUCGUCGUCGCACUCGUCGCUGGCCAAAAAGUUCCGGAAAGCCACGCGCGUCUCGUGCGACCUUUGCAACAAGGACUUCACGGACAAGUGUUACAAGACCCAGCACGACCAGCGGUUCCACAGCGGCGAGAAGCCGUACCGGUGCGGCGUGUGCGGCAAGCGGUUUGGCGAGCACAAGCAGCUGCAGGUGCACGAGCUCCGGCACAACGACAGCAACAAGGCGUUCCCGUGCACCGUGUGCACCAAAAGCUUCAACUUCAAAAACGAUCUUGACCGGCACUUCAUGUCCAGCCACUCGGCCGACAAACCGUACCAGUGCGUGCAGUGCGAGAAGAAGUUCGUGCGGUUGGACCACAAGCGGCACCACGAGAAGACGCACGACGACGCCGCGGAGAAGACGAAAAAGAAGAAGAAGGCGGCGGCGGCCGAAAUGACGUCCGGCCGUUACGGUGGCCAACAGCUGCAGCUCGCCGAGGACCAAUCGUAAAACACACACACAUAUUAUACACGUAUAUUAUUUGCACGAUCGCGUGAAUCGCGUUUUAAAAUAAAUUGUAUGUUCUCCCCGUAAACACGUUAACGAUUACGAGAUAAAAAAUUAUUGUCGCGGGAGUAGGCGACGCGACGACACACCGUCAAUGUAAAUUGUAUUAUUAUAAUUUUUUUUUUUUUUCAUUUUCAAUUUCGGUCGAAACAACGUCAUGCGCGCGUUCGUGUCGCGCAAACCACUGUCGGGAAUAUUACUGCCGUCGGCACGUCCGAAAACGCGUAUGACCGUGUAGGUACUGUAUAAUAAUACUAUACUUGUAUCGAUUUACUGUUCCGGACGUCUUUUCGUCCGAUAAAAAUCGCGCCGAUGUUUCUGAACCUGACCGGUCCGGCAUAUUCCGGCACCGUCAUUAUUAGUGAAAACAUUUUUCGAGAUUGACCGGCAUUAUAAUUUAUGUUGUACAUAACAAUAAUAAUAAUCCUAAAUCCAGGGGCAUUACAAUAUUGUUAAGAAUUUUUUUAUUAAUAUAUUUUGCAGCCCGCACCAAAAAGCCGACUACAAACCUAACCCAAUCCAUAUCCCUCCCC